AUUAAUAACAAUUGUGCCACAUAACUACAACAAUGAUAACAAUAAAAACACCAACAGUGAUGAAGUGUUUUUUAUGCAAAUAAGAACCGCAAUUUCGCAUUGAUGGAGUGUUGAACAUAAUCUCAUAAAAAAUCAACAAAAACUACACACACAUAAAUAUAUAUCUACUUACAACAGCAACUCCAUACUACUUCACGACGCCUGCAUUUAGUUGAACUAAACUAAAAAUAAAUCUACCGAAGCAAAACCGACGGAAACACGCAAAACGGAAAAAGACACUGCCAUAUAAAAAACAGAAGCUGCAAACUUUACAACCUUCAACUUCAAAACUACCUCGUUUAAGCUACAAAAUAUUGAAAAUAAUUCGUAAAACCGAUUAAAAAUAAGCUGCCAGUGUCUUUGUUAAGACACCAACAAGACAACAAACGCAUAAAACUCUAAACAAAACUAUACAAACGGAAAUUAAGAAGCUCCAACCGGGGAACUUAACUGUUAUCAACUAUUUUACAAUAACAAAAAAUCAAAAGUAGAUAUCGAAAAUGGAUGAAUAUUUAGUAGAAAUCUCAUAGAAUAACUAAAUUUGAAACACACAAAUCCCACUUACACCCAUCCACCCUUCCCCCCAACAAAAAUAUCCCAGCUACACAACACCAACCCUAACAAACUCCUACAUUACCUACUACCCCAACUAAAAAACACCGACAGCUACAACAAAAUAUGAAUCCCUCGACAAAUGCCAGCGACGUCGAUGCCGCGGCAAAUCCACAAAUGCUCAAUUUUCAGUCUCCACAACGCCAGAUAAAGCCAAGCACAGCUUCAAGUCCAGCUGGUACACCCUACAAACACAAUGGCAGCAAUGGCAGCAAUGGCGAUGCUAGUCUGAACGGCACACCAUUACACAAUGGUCACGGCAAUGCGAAUGGCAGUAAUGGUUAUCAGAAUGGUACACGACGUGAUUCUACGCAGGCCUGGACUCCACUACUGUCGAACGGUAAUGGUAACAGUGCUGCACUAAACAAUGGUAAUGGCAACACUGGCUUGACAGACAACAGUUUAGUUGGCACAGCAAGUAUUAAUGGAGCGGAAGACGGCAGUCUAGCAGGACAAGAUGCGAAUGAAACACUAGGUGAUCCCACCACUGUACUAUACACCAAAUCGACCAGUAAUAACAACGAAUGGAAAGAUGCCGAACAAAUUAAUAACCUCAAAAACGGUCUGUUACAUUAUCCGGUUAAUCAUCAGGGCAACAAUAAUGGUUCGCUAAUGAACGGCAAGAAUGGUAUCGGCUUGGGCGUACCAGACAAGUAUGAUGAACAAGAUCCACUUACCGGCUUAUACGCACAAAAAAAUACACGAACGCGUGAACCGGAUGAAUCGGAUACAGAUUCCGAGUUGAGUAAUGGCGAUCGACAAGCUCCCGGCUGCGGUUUAUUCGGCUGUCGGCCGAAAUGGGCGCGUAACUUUGCCUCGACUAAUGUCUUCAUGGUGGUCUUUUUGCUCGCCUACAUUUUACAGGGCAUGUAUAUGACAUAUUUCGUGUCGGUGAUCACUACCAUCGAGAAACUAUUUCAGAUUAAAUCGAAAACGACGGGUUUUCUACUAAGCGCCAGUGAGAUGGGUCAAAUUAGUACCGCUAUGUUGUUAACCUACUUCGCGGGACGUGGUCAUCGCCCACGUUGGAUCGCUUGCGGCAUGGUAUUAUUCUCCAUUGCAGCUUUCGCUUGCUCAUUGCCGCAUUUUAUAUUUGGCAAACAACUGAUGCAAUCACUUGAUACGCUCAGUAACGGCGGCAAUGGUGGUAAUGCGGCAAUGCGCGCCUUACAUGGUCAAAUGCUGCACGCCAGUUAUGGACUGCAUGGAAUGAAUGACACAAUAAAUGCGACAAGUGCGAACGCAUUGGAAGGCGGUCUCAGUGCAUUGUUGGCCAAUGUGCCGGGCUCACACGAAAUGAAUCUGUGCAUACCGGGACAGAACUCAACGAAUUCCAAUUCAGAAUGCGAUGAGGAUCAAAAACUGGAGCAGGCAUCACACUCAAAAAUCACCGUUAUUGUACUGUGCAUAUUCUUCGCUAGUCUCUUGAGCUCUGGCAUUGGACAGACGGCUGUAGCCACACUAGGCAUACCCUACAUAGAUGAUAAUGUGGCAAGUAAACAGUCACCCAUGUAUAUGGCCAUAACAAUUGGUGUACGCAUUUUGGGACCCGCUUCCGGUUUUAUUGUGGGCUCAUUUUGUACACGCUGGUAUGUGAAUUUCUCCAAUCCCGGCUUCGAUGCAAGCGAUCCACGUUGGAUUGGUGCCUGGUGGCUGGGACCAGUCGGUAUUGGCACUCUCAUGUUGCUGUCUUCUCUUGCAAUGUUCUCAUUCCCAAAACAGUUGCGCGGCAAACGAAACCCCAAUGCCGGCGAGGCUAAAGCGGAUGGCGGUGAUGAGGCUGCAGCCGCAGUGGAGGUAGAUGAGAAGCCGAAAUUGAGAGAUUUUCCAAAGACCGUUCGACGUCAACUGAAAAAUGACAUUUUGAUGUUCCGCACGGCUUCUUGUGUCUUCCAUCUCUUGCCAAUCGCUGGACUCUAUACUUUCCUACCGAAAUACCUCGAAACACAGUUCCGUUUAACCACCUAUGAUGCCAGCAUGAUUGCCGCCUUUUGUGGCAUACUCGUCAUGGGUGUGGGCAUUGUAAUAUCCGGUUUGGUCAUUUUGAAGUUGAAACCGUCGGCGCGUUCCGUAGCCGCUUGGAUUGCAUUUACAGCGCUGUUCUACUCAGCCGGCAUGGUUGUGCUGAUAUUCGUGGGAUGUAGCAUGAACGAUUUUGCUGGUUACAAGAGUGCUACGAGUGAUUCUCCCGCCAUGAUCGAACCAGCAUGUGACCUCAAUUGUUCCUGUGAUACGGGUAAUUACGCCCCCAUUUGCGGCAUGGAUGGUCGUAUAUAUAUUUCCACCUGUCAUGCGGGUUGUGCAGCGUCAGCAUUGACUGAUAACGGCACCUUAUUCAGUAACUGUACAUGCAUUCCAGAUUCUUUUAAGAACCAAGCGAUCGGCGGAUAUUGCGCUAAUAACUGUAAGAAUUUCAUAUUCUUCAUCAUUAUAUUCGCCGUUUGUGUGUUUAUGCAUUCGACAUCAGAGGUGGGCAGCAUGUUGUUGGUGAUGCGUUGCACACAUCCAAAUGACAAAGCCAUGGCUAUGGGCAUCAUACAGUCGGCGAUUGGAUUAUUCGGUAAUGUUCCUUGUCCAAUUAUUUAUGGCGCGGUGGUCGAUUCGGCGUGUCUCCUCUGGAAAACGGUGUGCGGCAAGCAUGGAGCCUGCUCGCUGUACGAUUCAGACACGUUUAGACACUAUUUCCUCGGUAUUACCGCCGGCAUAAUGUUCCUGGCAUUCAUAAUGGAUCUGGUGGUGUGGAGCAAGGCGCAUCGCAUCGACAUAACGCCCGAGGACGGCAGUGAGCCGCACGGCAAACAAACAGCCGCAGAGACGGAGUGCAAAAAGUCAAUGGUGGCGCCGGAUACGAGCGUCUGA